UCAAAGAGAAUAACAGUUGACUUGAACAAAAAUCCACGCAGUCAUCUGUGAUUUGCCCAUUUUAAAUUUAGUCUAUAAGCACAAGUUUUGCAUAACACAGCUACUCAGUUAUUGUUCAGUGUGCUACGAAUUUUCAUAAUAUAUGUACAUACUGCUUUCGAUGUAAACAAUGCCAUAAUCGAUUCAAUGAAAAUAACAAUACCUGAGGUAUGUUUAUACCAGAAACUUUAAGAGGCUGUAUGAUCGAGACGGACGUUUCUUCUUAUCUGCAAACAUCAUCAUCGGGACAGGAUGAAUUUCACCCUUUUAUUGAGGCACUCUUACCGUACGUCAAAUCAUUUUCCUACUCUUGGUUUAAUUUGCAAGCCGCCAAACGAAAAUAUUAUAAAAAACAUGAAAAACGUAUGUCGCUGGAAGAAGAAAGACAUUGUAAGGAUGAACUCCAGAACGAAAAGACUGAGGUGAAGCAAAAGUGGGCUUCCCGUCUUCUUGGAAAACUGAGAAAAGACAUUACACAAGAAAGUCGAGAGGACUUUGUUCAAUCUAUAAUUGGAAAAAGAAAAUCAAUUUGUGUUCUAUCCAAUCCCGAUCAAAAAGGAAAAAUGAGACGAAUAGACUGCUUAAGACAGGCUGACAAAGUAUGGCGGCUUGAUUUGGUUAUGGUAAUACUCUUCAAGGCGAUUCCAUUAGAAAGCACAGAUGGUGAGCGGUUAGAAAAAAAUCCGGAAUGCUUACAUCCAGGAUUAUGUGUAAAUCCGUACCAUAUAAACGUUUCUGUUCGAGAAUUGGACUUGUAUUUGGCCAACUUUAUAAAUACUCAUAAUUCAUUUAAUAAUACAAAUACGUCUUUUACAACUACUCCGGGCCUAAGAUCGCCACAUUUAACUAUGUAUAAUCAAAGUAACGAUCCAAACAGAAAAGAUGAGGUCGCUGACAUAAAAAAUGACGUCGUUAGGCAAAAUCCAUAUAAUGGUGUAGUUUGUAAUGAUAUUAUUUUAGCAACUGGAGUAUUUUCUUCUCAAGAACUGUGGUCCUUAUCCAAAGAUUUAAUUUUAGAUGAAUCAAAUGAUGUAAGCCUAAGCUCUAACCUCAUAAAGAGGGAGAACGCUGGAGCUACCUAUGAGUGUAAUACAUAUCAAAUUAACUCUGAAUCUUCAAUUUCUGCUACCCAGAGUCUGGUUCAAACUGGGUCAAUUGUGGCUAAUCCGAUUCCACUUGGAUACAGCAUUGAUUUUAUAGAUCAGAGGAUUACCCAAUUAUCGCAAAGUCCAUUGCAACGUACAGAAGGCACAAACGGCGAUGCCCAUGAUUCUAACAAAAUCGAUCAAGGCAGCCCACCGCCGAUUACAAGCACUGCAUCAGAUAAUAGUAUAAGUAGCUUUUCCUUGAUCGUAAGAGCUACUGAUAGUUCUAUUGGAGAUCCAAAAACUUCCUCGGACUCAUCCAUUUCCUUGCAUCGCUAUACGUCCUUGAAUAGUCGGACAUUGCCUCAAGCUAUCCCACAACAUAGUUGCUCCUUGUUACAUUCGAAUUCCACUAGUCCGUCUAAUACUUUAUAUUACCCCCAGCAUACUAAUACAAGACCAUCUCAAACAUCUUCCGUUGAGGAAGAAAAUCGUGCUGGCUCUGAUAAAUAUUCAACAGAACCUCAAGAUAUUUCGGACUUUGUCACUUAUGUUUGUCAAGAUACUAGUCAUACGACAACAGUAACAGGAUCAGCUGAUACCCAUUCAUUUCAACACUCCCAUACACUCCCACAAGGACAUUCACCACAUUUUCAAAUUCAUCAACAGCUGCGAACUGCAAAAUUGACAAACUCACCGUCAACUCAUUAUCACAGUACAAUGCUUCCGCCGAUGCUGCCUCCAAUGGCUCGACCUGUAGCUAUAAUUCGCAGUAGCAGUGAUCUAACCCUAGUCCAGUCCCCACCUCCAUCUUUAGCGCUGACAGCCCAAUCUACAAGCUUGAACAACAAUACUUGUAUACCAAAAAAUAGCUUGCAAACAGAUAAUAUUAGACUUGCAAGUAACCUAGACAACAGCAAUAGCCCCAAUAGCACAGAUGUUGUUUCACACCACGAAAUGACCGGAACUACAUCGCCUCAACCGCAAUCACACACACCGGCCUUAGCGAGUCCCCAAUCUUAUCUGGAUCCUGGACGAUGUAAGCUUUUAUCAGCUGGCUCAAACAUAGGCAGAAUUACAACGCAAAUGUAUCCCUCAUCAAAUAAUAGAGAAUAUUUUAAUCACUUUCAUUCGCAGCCUACAUCGCUUUUGGGAUAUGCCGGCUCUAUUUCUACAAUGUCUGGAGUUAUAAGUCCAACAGAUUUAACACUUUAUUCAGCUCCAAUGGCUAUAGCACGUUCAAGUACCAGGACUAGAUGGAACGAAGAGGAGCAUAAUGUAAUUCCACAUGGUGUAUCUAGUACAAACAUGGAUAAUACCCAAGUUAUAUUAAUGGAAGACUGAACUUAUUUCAGCGACUGGACGUUAUAUAGAUGAGUAUUCGAAUCGUGACUAUGUGUCAUGAUCUAAGCUCUAUAAAAUUAAAGUGAACACACUCUUUGGCUUGGGCAUGCCAAAAUGUUGAUUACUUAAGCAGUAACUAAUAAGAGUACCUUAAAGAAAUACAUAAAAUCCUAUUGCAAUAAAUUUAAUUUUUAUAAUAGGGGAAUCAUGUUAGAUCUUCAGUAAUGUCUGUACAAUUAGACCGUUAAAAAGAAUAUUUUAAAGUCCAUAAAAAAUCAGAAGAAAGUGAACUAUUAAUACAUCGGAGAGGUAUUAAUUUUUUUGUAAUUACUGGUCUUGCUUAUUUUAAUCGGAUAAAAAAUUGUAGCCACACCUCUUUUAUAAAUACAAUUUCGAAAAAAUUUGCUAAUUUCUAUUGCUUGCCAAAAAAUAUUUUUGCUGUAAAGAUAAUUUUCCCUACUUCCCUAACAUUUACGUUUAGAACAAUAUAAUAAUGUUUUAGUUCAAGUACAAAAAAUAAUAGACACGCAUUGAAAUUGCCAGACUAGCAAAAUCACUCUAUGAAACAGUAUUAAAUAUAUUAUUGCUUUGCUGCUUUUUCAAUUUGUCUAGUACUUUUUUAAAAAACCAUGCUUUUGUGAUCUUUAAAGAUAUACUCCUCUUAACUACUUAUCUUAACUAUGACUAUAGUAACCACGUUGCCAUAAAAAAAUUAUUGAAAUGCAAACAUAAAGCUACCAAAGUCUUAAUCCAUAUUUGAGGCAUGUGUACUACAUACUUAUCAAAGAAAUACGUAUAAACCUUUCAAUAGAAAAUGGAAUAUUAAAUCGAAUGUUAAAGCAAUAUGUUACUUAAGGGCGCGGUGGAAACUUCUUAUUAAGAAAAUUUAAUUUUAACCUAAGGCAUUAGUAAAUGUUUAAAUUAAAUUAACUUUCGAGAAUGUAUGUUAUAUAAGGUAACUAAUAUUAUGACAAUAGUAGCACAGGACAUCCAAUCGUUUCUUUUUUAUAAGUAAAGACAAAUUUUAGAAAAUAGUCGAGUUUGAGUACAGUCGUGAAUCCUCAAACUUUUAACAAUUUGAUUUUCUUAUGCAAGUUGAACUUAUAGAGAAUGAAAGAAAGCCAUUAUAAUAAGUGCCUAAAAUUUUAUCAUAAGAUUAAAAACUAAAAACCCUAAUAAUCGAUGUAAAGCAACAUAUGUAAUUCUUAUUCUGAAAUAGAUCUUUGCAAGCUCCACUCAAUUGGUCAAUUGAGUGGGCAUCUAUUUCACAAAACUUUCUCUGCUUGGGUUAAAUUGUUUGCCCCCAAAAAAUUUUUUAACAGCAUAAGAAAUAUAUAUAAAUUUAAGAAUGUGUCGCUUCAUUGUAAUCGUGAGUUCCAGAACAAAACAAAUAAAAAUGUUAGUACAAUAAUAAUAUUAGGUUGAUGGUAAACACAUAAUAUAUAUAAAACUAUUUAUAAGAUUUGGCUGUGAAUAUAAUUAUUACGCUAACGCUAUUUGUAAUUUAGGGUAAAACGAAAGUGCUUAUUAUAAAAAUAUAUAUAAUUGUAUUAAAAUAUCAAUAUAUAGACAACUUAAAUAGACUGUACACAAACGGAGACUUGGUAAUAAUAAAUAAAAAUUUUAUCGAACAAAGCGAAUUCGUUUAUAAAAAGUAUUUGGAUUACAUUUUUGAUUAGUAAGAAAAGCACAGGAAAAAUUUUUAACUUGGUAUUCCGCGAACCACAAGAAUCAGUCAGGAGGACGCAGGGAAAUAGGGCAGUCAAAUAUACUACUUUCCUCAUCGAGUUUACUCCCUUCCAAAUACAAAAGUAUCAGAGGAUUCAAACAAGUAAUAAAGCCGUAACCGAAACAUUUUAAUGAAUGAUUUAUUGAACUCGCAGGUAAAUUCUUACGGACUCCCAAAAAUCUUUGACUGGAUCUGGGAGUUCUAGAGAUGGUAUGUUUACAGCAGAUAUGGAGCCUUUUGCUUGGUGUCCUUAAUAAUUUUAAUCCAGCAAUGUACAUUUUGUGCUUUGACUGACUGACGCAGUUCACU